AUGGAGCAUGGCUUCAGAACCCGCUUCAACAAGGACAUCGUGAAGGGUGGUCGUCAGAGUCAACUACUUCUUCUUCUGUCACCUCAAGACGAUUAUCCCGAACGACGAAUCCCAACUUGGUUGAGCGUGAGCACCUGGGCCACCCCCCCAGCAUCACACAACUGCUCCUCGGACUCGUUGUUUGCCAACUAUACUCUCUCGCUAGCCGAGUGCAAAGAAGCCUUCAGCUAUGCCAAUCUCAACUAUACCGCCUUCGGUGAAGAGCUCACUCAAGGAGGGAGCAUGUCCGGAUGUUGCCUCGCCUAUGAGACCUUCACCAACAACACCUACGAUCCAGCCAGUCCUCCCUGGUUGAAUCCAGUCCCUGAACAAAACCGGCCGGAUUGUGGUAAUGAUUAUACCGCGGGUGAUAAGAAGGUCAAUGAUUCGAAUGUCGAAACCAGUUUCUGGGCAGUCACGGCGUUUUACAGGGCGCGGAGGAUGCUGGAGGAGGAGGACAAGGUUGGCGGGAUUACAACCGAGAACUCGACUGAGACGGUUUAG